CUGACACGCAAGUGCUCGCACUUAUCCAAGUGUAGAAAAUCAAAUUAAGAAUGGAGCGUGAAAAGUAGGCGAAUACUUUUUAAUCUACGUUAAAAUUUAAUAUGUAUAUUUUUUAUACAUAGAAUGUUACAUGAAAGUGCAUUUCUUUGAUUAACGUGAUAUUUACUAAAUAAAUAAAGCAGUAGGUUAUGUUGUGUUGAAAAAUAUUCCAAGUUGUACCAUUUAAAAAUGAGUCCUGCACUCUUGGAAAACGAAGAAAGAUGUUUUGGUGGAAUGACUUUUUUUGCACAAAGUCACCCAGCUGAACUUUGUGGAAGUAAUGGCCUUCCUCUCACACCUAACUCUAUUACAAUAUUGGGAAAAUCACAGUUUCUCAAAACAAUUAAUCAUCCUAAUUUGUGUUCAUAUUUGGAUAUAAUAAGAAGCAAGCAUGAGCGGACAAUUGUUGUGGCUGAGUAUUGUGGUAAGCCACUUGCUUCAUUGGAAAAUUUGUCCAUGGAUAAAGUUAUACGAAUAGCAUAUCAGUGUUUAGUAGGACUCAAGUAUAUGAAUAAAUUUGGACUAGUACAUAGUCACCUUAGUCCUGAAAAUAUUCUGGUUGAUAAAAAUGGAACUGUUAAAUUAUUUAACUUUGGAUUAUAUUAUAUGACAGAUCAUGGAAAAAAUGUAUCUUUUCCUAUUGGGUAUCCAAAAUAUACUGCACCAGAGAUCUUUCUCAGUAGUGGAAUGAGGAGUGUGAAAGUAGACUCUUGGUCAUUAGGAAUGAUCAUUGCAGAAUGUUUAUUAGGAUGUACUCUUUGGCCUGGAUACAAACUAUCACAGAGUUUAAGAAAAGUUCUCAGUUUAGUUCACACAGAAAACAGUAUAUUCGAAAGAAUUUCUCGUGAAAAUAAUUGUUUCAAUAUCUACGAGGACCUACCCGAAGAUGUUAGAGCUUUUGUGAACGAUUGCUUGCAAAUCUACCCGUCACAGCGAAAAACGCCGGAAACACUUCUAGAGCUUCCGAUUUUUCAAGAAUUUUUGAAGAAAGAUGAUCAAGACAGAGAAAACAGUUUAUAUGAAAAUGUUAUACAACGAAAAAUGGAUGAGCUCUAUUAUCUGUGGCAAUUGGCUGGAGGAGAUAUGACGAUAGAACUUAAGAGGCAAGGAUUGAUUCGCUCAAGGCCUCCAAUUUUAACGAUACCUAAUCUUGUCAUUUUGCUGGGCCAAAUGUUCGGUCGUCGCGAUAUAGCCGGCUUAUUAGAUUUGCGAGUCGUAAAAGUUUCACUUGAGCUGCUUUCUCAAAGGCUUUCCCAUAUACCUUAUGUAGCAAACUACCCCAGACUUUCUAAUCAUACGUACGCUCAAGAACCGAACGAUUUAACCGACACUGCGUCUCAGCUGCCGUUGAUUAUCCGAGAGCGAGAUACAGAAUAUCAGUUUUACAGAAUCGUAUUAUUUAAUAGAUUGCUUCAAAUUUAUCCAAUUACCAAAGACGCAAUAAAGCGAGAGGCGCACAAAGACAUUCCACCUCCGGUGAGAGGUGCCAUUUGGGCGGCUCUACUGGGCGUAUCCGGAGAUAUACAAACCAAAUACGACAUGAUUGAUAAAGAAACGCCUACUCACACUGAUCGGCAAAUCGAAGUCGAUAUUCCAAGGUGUCAUCAGUACAGCGAACUAUUGUCCUCUGGCGCUGGACAUGAGAGACUUCAAAGAUUACUCAAAGCCUGGGUCAGAGACAAUCCCCAUUAUGUAUACUGGCAAGGACUUGAUUCUCUUACGGCGCCCUUUUUAUUCCUCAAUUUUAACAACGAAGCUCGAGCUUUCGCCUGCUUAUCAGCUUUUAUUCCAAAGUAUUUGCAUAAAUUCUUUUUAAAAGAUAAUUCUGCCAUCAUACAGGAGUAUUUGAGUAAAUUUUCUCAGAUUAUUACCUUCCAUGAUCCGCAAUUAGCAAAUCAUCUGAAAUCAAUCACAUUUGUUCCCGAGCUUUUUGCCAUUCCUUGGUUCCUGACAAUGUUCUCUCAUGUAUUUCCGAUCCAUAAAAUUUUACAUUUAUGGGACAAGCUGCUGUUGGGCGAUUCUUCGUUUCCUCUCUUUGUUGGCCUAGCGAUUUUAAAACAACUGAGAGAUUUCUUGCUUGCUUCUGGAUUCAACGAAUGCAUUUUAUUAUUUUCCGAUCUUCCUGAAAUUGACAUUGAACUAUGUGUGAAAGAUUCGAUGUCAAUGUACCAAAAAACACCAUCCAGUAUAACUUAUCGCAAACACCAGUAUGAUCAGUCGAAAGCUGCGAAUUGGAACGAACCAGAAGUUGGAACGGAAAAAAUACCUAGAAUAAGUGUUGAAGAUCUGAUUUACUUGUUGGAAAAUAGUCCGGAUAAAGUUUUGGUAGUUGAUCUUCGAAAUAAUAUACAAUAUGAAAGAGGUGCCAUUGCUGGAAGUAUCAACAUUCCUUUUACUAGCGUUCAACUGGCUCAAGAUCGAAUCACUUCGCUCGGUCCGCAAGCCACUCCGCUCUCUGAAAAUAAAGAUCGGAUUGUUGUCGUAAUCGGGCCAAACGACCAAAACAGUGCAUUGUUCGCAGAAUUUCUUAUUGGAUGCCAAGUGUUUGGCGUCUGCUCAUUGCAAGGUGGAAUUUAUGCGUUACGCUCAAAAGCUUCAAAUCUAUUAUUGCCGACACGCAAAGAGAAAGGCUUUUUUUAAUGAAAAAUUGUAUAUGAAUAUUUUUUAAAUGCUACUACAAUCAUAAGUGACAUUUUUAGCCGCGUGGCCAAAACGAAAUCGUUAGGAAUUCACGAAAAAUAGUAUAAUAUGUAUAGAGAAUGUCUUAAAUUACGUGUUAAUUAUUUAUUUAAACCGUCGUAAUUGACAAUCAUGUGAUUAGAGGCAUACUUUUUUAUUUCUCUCUAUAAGUGAUAUUAUUCAAUUAUAUUUUACUACAUAAUGUAUAUUAAAUAAUGUAAAAUACGCCUUUGUUAUUCUAAGUGGUUUGGAUAUUGAAGAAUAAAGAAGUAAUAAAAAAAAUUAAAA